AUGUCUACUUUGGAUUACUGGGUAUGUACUAAGACCCGGCGCCUUCAUAGAUUCUAUAUUCGCUCCAAGAGUGACCCGACCGUCUUCUGGCACGACAAUGAUGGCUUCAUCGUCGCCUCUAAGACCGAGCGUACCAAGUUCCGCGUCACGGGCAAGACCAGGCUCGAGAAGGACCAUGUCAUGAUUCGAAGUGAUCUUAUCUCUAUUACUGUGAUUGGCAAGGACAAUGGCUAUAUACGCAACGAUGAUGGCAUCUUGGUUACUGGUGGGAGUGGAAAUGAUACGUUCCUCUUUACGAAUCCCUUGCUCUAA